CAUUUGAAUUACACUUGCAUACCUAAUCGGGGGCAUUCGUCACUAACAGUGACAGCUUUUCACCAGAAGAUGACCUGUUAUGGAUUUGAGAUCAGAAGAGUUCAAACAUAUUCAAUAUGUUUUAAACGAAGCGGCGCUCUGGAGUUGAAUGCUUAACAAAUAUUGACUGUGUUGUAUUUACUUUAUAAUGACGUCACCGUAUUGAUUAUAUUUUGAAGUGUUAUUUCAGAUUUGAGGUGACAUUUACUAUGCGAUGUCAAGAAGAAUUUAUUCCACACCGGGCAUGAUUGUGCUGAUAACGACAAUCACGAUAUCUCUGUAAAUGAGAAAAUUACAUAUGUGUAUACUGAAUAAGGAACUACUACUGUUUGAAAUGUAUUGUAGCACUUAUCACACGUGUGGAAUAUAGACCGCAAAAUAUCUAAUAGUUCAUUAUAUGUAUUGUAUAACAGCGUGAAAAACAUGUCAAGUGAAAUAUUCGGAACAGUCAUCACUAUCUCUCUAUUAGCAUCAGUGCGUGCUUUUUUAUUUGAUGAUGCUAGAUUACAUGUACACACUGGAGUAGGGGAGAUUGCUGGAUACACGGUAGACUUACAAUUUGAAGGUACGGUAUACACUUCUCGGCAGUUCCUCGGUAUUCCGUAUGCAGAGCCCCCGCUCGGAGACAAGCGGUUCAGAAAACCCACAAUGAUGACCAAACUUCCAUCAUCGCCGUUUAAAGCGUACACGCAUGGCCCCGUCUGUCCACAGCCCCUUGCCAGCGGAUUAAAUACAUCUGAAGACUGUCUUUUUCUGAACAUUUACACGCCAAUGCCUACAAUGAAUGGUAGCAAAACACAUUCUUGGCCAGUCAUGGUGUUCAUUCACGGAGGUGGUUUCAAUAUAGGCUUUUCUAACAUCUACGACGGCUCUGUCCUAAGCGCCAUGAAUCACGUCAUCGUUGUAACAAUAAAUUACCGUCUCGGGCCGCUGGGAUUUUUUAGCACACACGAUCAGAACGCCCCCGGAAACUACGGUCUCUGGGACCAGCAUCUCGCCUUGCAAUGGGUACAGAACAACAUUGGCUAUUUUGGAGGCGACCCAGACACUAUUACAAUAUUUGGAGAAUCAGCUGGUGGUAGCAGCGUUGUUUAUCAAUCCCUCUUUGCCGGAAACAAAGGCCUCAUUAAGCGAGCAAUUGCACAGAGUGGGACCAUUGCGGGCUGGGCUGUUGACCGGUUUAAUAGCAGCUUUAAAGGUUCCAUGAACUUCGCACAUGCUCUUGGAUGUAACCGGUCAUCCUCAGCAGAUAUGAUGGUUUGUCUGCGCAAAAAACAGUCGUCUGAUAUUUCUUCAACUGCUGUUUCAGUACAGUUGCCAUUUUUUCCAAGCAACAAUGUCAACAGAUCGUGGAUACCUGUCUUGGACCAUGUCUUCGUAAAAACGGAAACCAUUGGCUUACUGUCAAAGCUUAAAUCAACCAAUUUUGUUUCAAAUUUCUCCACUUUUACUGACAUCGAAUUCAUGAUUGGCGCCAAUAGUUAUGAUGGACUUGUGUAUAUUCCAGACUGGCUUUUGUUCAUGAAUGUAACAUCAGAUGCAAGCGGGGAAUAUCCUGUUACUAUCGAGCAAAUAAAAGAUACAGUUGUACCAAGGAUUGCCCAGACCGUUCUUGGAGAGAUGCCAACACAAUCUGUCCUUGACACUAUUGCCUUUGAGUACACGCCAUGGGCUGACCGUACGAAUACGACCCUCUUGCUAAAGACCAUGAUCGAUAUCUGUACAGAUAGUUUAUUGUACGCCCCGUCUCUGCUUACCGCCCGUGGUCAUCAGCGAGGGACAAAGAACACGUAUAUGUACAAAUUCUCUGUCGCACCGCCAAGGAGUUUCAUGCCGCCUCCUCCAAGUCUUCUAGGGGAGCGCGUAGCCUCGCACACAGACGAACUGGUGUUUUUAUUUGGGUUUCCGGCAUCGGGGCUUAUGCAAGCCCUUGAUUUCACCAUUGCUGAUGUCACUCCGGAAAUGCUCAAUGUUUCGAAGAUCAUGAUGAGAAUGUGGACAAACUUCGCUAUUUCAGGAUCGCCGAACAACCCCGUUAGUCUGGAAAAUGUUUACCCCGGAUUGAAUUGGCCAGAGUUUGGCACCGAAAGUGGCCAGUACCUUGAUAUCGAGCCGCGCAUGUCCGCCAACUCGAGAGGCGAGCGCCUAGCCGCUCGAGCAGACCGCUUCUGGAACACAAUUGUUCCCGAUCUGCAGGCCAGCACCAGAGGAAAUAUUUGCCUCUAGAUAAUCCUUUUUCGUUUUUUGGAAUGUUCAUUUAUACAAAACGUACUUCUUUACUUAUGUUUAAUAUGGGUAAUAUUAUUCUGAACCGCACUAUCAAGGACGUAUAAUUGCAUGUCUCAAAUUUGAUGAACAAAUUACGGUUUAGAGGACAAAUUUCAGACAUAUCGAAUCUUUCAAUUUAACACCGAUGUUUUGGGUAUUUUCAAUAAUUAUUUCCACCAGUUAAUCUGUAAGAAAAACGUGUUUUUUUAAUCAAAAUACUUUAACAUAAUUUAAGUUAUGUCAGAUAAUGUAUCCAAAAGACGAAGAAGUGAAAACAAAUGGCUAAAAAAUACGUCAGCAUUUCUGAUCUUAUUCUUCGAUGUAGAAAAUGUUUGUUUUUAUCGGACACAUGUAUAACAAUGACGUCAAAUAUAAUAUUGGACAUAGGACAUAAUAUGCUCAUAUGCUUUUCUUUAUGAAAUAUAUUUUAAUUGCUUCUG